AUGUCCAAUAGAUACAGACCAGCCAGUUGGUUGAGAAAAAAUGAAUUUGCUCCACAAGUUUUCCUUUUCAGAAACAUGGAGUCUGGACAAGUUUUAUAUUCACAAUUACCAACAUUCACACAAUAUCAAAUAAAGAGACAAUUCAAAAGACCAAACUGGGAGAACAGAAAACCAAGCACACGUCCAGAUAUCUGGAGAAUCAUGGCUGUUGCAACUUUCCCAGAUUAUGAAGCUGCUAUUAAAGCUUAUGAUAGUCUUGUGCAAUUAAGAAACAUGAGAGAUAUAUCGAAGAAGGAUGAAGCUAUGAAAUAUAGACCAAGAAAUGAAGAUAAUCACAUUUGGUACAGUGCUCAAUAUAGACCAAUUUAUACACAAGAAGCAGUUGCUGAUUUAAAUACAGUUGUUGAACAUAUUCAAAAAUUAACCACGAUUCACUGGGAAGAUGAAUGGAGAAAAGGUGAUUUAAAACAUUGGAACGGUGAUUUAGUUAAGCAUGAACUAUUGGAUAGAACUGGAUUGAAGACACCAGUUGCCCUAUUGGAUCAAUUAAGAAUAAAAGGUAGAGAAGCAUUCCAAAAAUUGAGUAUGUUGGAGAAUUCACAAAGACAAAAGGAAAAAUCUGCAGCUAAGCUAGAAUCCAGUGCAUCAGCAGAGCAGAAGCAACAACCAGAAGCCAGUGUGUAG